AGUGCAAUUAGUUACAGUGACGGAAAGUAUGUUUGAACAGCUGGUUUCUGUAACAAAUUUACUACAUACCGAGCUACCACAUAUCGACUCUUUAAUAAAAAAAUCGCAAAUAGUAACUGACAUGAGUACAGCAGAAUUAAAAAAGUUUAUGUCUGAAAAUGAGAUGGAACUCGAUAUAGGAAAACAACGAAUAUUGGUCGAGCAACGAUUGAAUCAUUGGGUAAGAGAUAAGCGACAAAGUAUAAAAUAUUGCUCUCUUAUAAUAGAACAUGCUUUAUACAUUCUCUGGAGUCAUUUGGACUUUUAUACUAUGCAAGUGAUAUCACGACAUACUCAAAGAAUACACGUGUCUUCAAGCAGCAUCGAUGAGAAUAUGAUAGAAUGGAAAGUCUCGACUGAAACAUUAAUGAAACUGAACCAAGGACUUGUUUCUAUAUUUAUUAUAACGGCGUCGUCGCCGUUGACACUCUUCCGUCGGCUGGUAGCGGUGCCGUCGCCGGUGAUACUCUUCCGUCGGCUGGUAGCGGCGCCGUCGUCGUCACUAUCUUGUUCGCUGAAGACGACGUCGUUGCCGCCACCAUCCUCACUUUUGAUAGUGGCGACAACGACGUCGUCUCCGUCGUCUUUUUGAAUCUUAC